UGGUCUGAUUCUAUAAAUAAAAUCUGUUCUACCAGCAGCAAUAGAAAAUAAAAUCUGACCUUAAACACUAUGUCUGACUCCUAGAUAAACACUAAACCGUCUGGACAGUGAAACACACACCGUAUUAUUAUAAAGGAAGGAAAAUCACAUCAUGAGCUUAAUGCAAACUUCCCAUGGCAGAAACGUGUGUUUUUAAACGAUUUUAUAAGUUUAAAUAUAAAGAGUCAAUUGAAACCAAUGUCUUUUGGACAAUCGGACAUGUUUAACGUCUUCGGAUUUGGAGUUUUCAGACGGUCCCUACAGAGGGAUGUGUGUUCUCUUAGAGGAAUAUAGUUUCAUUCGUUUGAACACUCGGUUCGGAGUCGUUUUGAGCUCUUAUUCAGGGAUUGUGUUUAUAAACUAUUACACUGUUGUUCAUCAUGGUAGCUGUCGGAUUCUUUCGGAUCGUGUGUCUGUUAGUGUGUUUUACUCUCACAGCUGCUGAUGGACCCUUGGUGAUCACACCCUCAAAGCUGGUGGUGGAAUAUGGAGCUAAAGCCUCAGCUAACUGCUCCACUAACAACACCCAUAAUGGAAUGGGCUGGGAAGCCACACAAGGAGUGAUAGAUAUGAAAAAAGAUGUCAGUUUUCUCACCUGGACAGUGGAGAGGCUUACAACGUGGGAUAUAAAGCCAAUAUGCUUCAUUAACUUGAUUGGAAAUGAACAAAAAAUGGAGUCACUCAGUGUUACUAUUUACAAGCUUCCAAAUUCAUUGUUGGUUAACGGUCCUCCAAUGCCUGUAAUGGAGGGGGGAACUUGUUCACUUCGUUGUGACGUUAAAGAUGUUGCUCCAGUUCAAAACCUUACAGUCACGUGGUACAAACAACACAUUAUUGUGAACAGUACCACCUUUAAAGAAUCCAUCAACACUCCAGUGAACAAAUCUAUUGAACUCAUUAUCGAGCCCCGCAGAGAGGAUGAUGGAGUCAUGUACUGGUGUGAGGCGAAGCUGGAACUGGGACCAGAUGGACCACCUACUAUGAUGUCAAUUCCUUUCCGUAUUGAAGUACACUACAAACCAAUGUUCUCAGAAGACAAAGAAACUAUAGAAGAUGUAGAUGAGAAAAUUACGUUAAACUGUUCUAACUCAGCAAAACCUCCUUCUCAACACAUCUGGGAGGGACCACAUCUGGAAAAGAAAGAGGGAUCAUCCUCAUUGUCUGUUUCUUCUCCUGGAAACUACAUAUGCACUGCCUCAAACAGAUAUGGCCAAGCAAAGAAACUGUUCAUUGUCAGAUUUAGAAAUCAUGGCUACACCACUUUGGCUAUUGUUGUGGGAUCUGGAUUACUUUUAGCUGUUGUUCUGAUUAUAACUUGUAUUAAAUUGAGGAAAAACCGCUCUGGAGCCUCUGCUAAUCACAAUAUGACGCCCUCUUCAUCAGCUCAGAAAGACGAAGGUGAAGAGUUGGUUUCAGUCACAAAAUGAGUUCAAGGGCGGUGUUGCACUGUUUUAACACUUCUAAUUCUGGUGCAGCAACCAGUGAAGAAGAGAAUUCUUGUCUGUUAUUAACAUGAUGUGACUGACAGAAGAGAGAAACACUGCUAUUGACACUGUGGAGUUAAUGUGAACAUGAAGACUUCACUUUCAUUUCUAUUGUCUUUUAUUUUUUAGCUAUUUCCCUUGUUCAACUCUGUCAUUGGAUUUCAACAAAAAAUGUAUAAUUUUACAUUUCUAAGAAAUUUUUAGACACAAACAGUAUUGUCACAUAUAUGAAAGAAAGCAUGAACUGUUGCCAUGGUAUCACCCAACUUACUAUGGGCUUGACAGAACUGACAGCCCAUAAUAAGUGUAGCGCUCCUAUGCAGUAAGAUGAACAAAGCGGUACCCUGGAUGGUAGAAAAUAGCCUUAUGUUUUAUAUUUCUAUGUCUUGUGUAUUAUUUUUUUAUGCACAAUAUUCAUUGCCACGCCCACUUCCUGUCCCAUCAUGUUUUCUCCAGCAUGUUCUGUCUGACUUGGAAAAUGAAUGUUCAGUAAGUUUAACUGUCUAAACAUUGACCUAAAACACAUCUGUAUUCUGUCUGUGUGCUUCAGAAAUGUUAACGACUUGCUGAGGGCUGCUUUAAAAGGGAAGAGUUGGAGCUGGUACAUCUGCAUGUACAUCUGAGUAGCUCUUGUAUUACUCUGCUCUGUUUUUAGGGGAACUUGUGACAAAAAUGUAUGUGCAUGGGAUCAUUAUAAGGAAUACCAUGAAUAUAUCACUUGUUUGCAUUCAACACAGGGACUAAGUGACUACAUAAGAAAAAACAAAUGAUUUCCGUAACACCUAAAAAUGAACUCAUUUUUUUUUCUUUCCAAAAUAUGUUUCAGGUUUAAAAAGAUGCAAAAAAAGAGAGACAACGUUUAUUUUUCACAGGCAACAGCUGAAAGUUUCUUACAAUUUUACAAUACAAUAAAACUCUCUAAUAUCUCUCCUGAACAGUGGUGUAAAUAAAGUAUUUUGUGAAUUUGA